UUCUCUUUCCCAAACACACGGUGCCGCUCCUUCUCCUCCAGCCUCCUCUCGGUGUUUUUCCCUCAUUCGCCUUGUUGCUAAUCGUGGUGGUUCUAGCCGAAGUCUCUGUCGAAUUUCUUCUGCGCUUUACACAUGCCGGUGAAACGACGACGUACGCUGGCGUCAUGAACGAGCGACGAACACCGAACACCGAUUUACACCGAUUCAACCGAUUUGAGUUUCAAAAAACUGUUUCUUUCACGAACUGAUUCUUGUGUUUGUUUUUCAGGAACUGAAAGCUAGUUGGAGACUUGCUUUCGCGACAGUUAUUGGUUUUCUAGGAUCUGCGUUUGGAACUGUUGGUGGUGUUGGUGGUGGUGGCAUUUUUGUUCCUAUGCUUACUCUUAUUAUCGGUUUCGAUACAAAGUCUUCUGCAGCUCUUUCCAAAUGUAUGAUAAUGGGAGCAUCGACUUCGUCUGUGUUUUAUAACCUAAGAGUUCGUCAUCCAACGAAAGAUGUUCUGAUAAUGGAUUAUCAUUUAGCUCUUCUUUUUCAACCUAUGCUUAUGCUUGGUAUCACUGUUGGUGUUGCCCUUAGUGUUGUUUUUCCUUACUGGCUCAUCACUAUCCUUAUCAUUAUUCUCUUCAUAGGUAUGAUAAUGACAACAAUUCCAUUAGUACAAUUUGUCACUAAACUUAUCAUUGAAUGGUGUUAAGUUUAGCUUAAGUGUCCUCAACCGGGCUAUUACGUUGCAGCCAAGGAAGCAUCUGAAACCAUGAUGUCACGAGCUAAGUCGCCUCAAGCUUAUCAUGAUGAGUUUUUCUUUGUUUUAGUUUCCUAAUGAAAGAGACUGCACAUGAAAUGGCAGUUGCAGCACGUAAUAGUUCUAGACGUCUUCAGGCCCUAAAAUAUGAAGAAAGGAGAGAAAUAUUGCUGGCCGUGGCCGAUGCAUUGGAGAAAAACAAAAAGUUGAUAAGGUUAGAGAAUGAUGCUGAUAUUGAUGAUGCGUCGGAAGUCGGAUAUGAAAAGUCUCUGAUAUCACGUCUAACCUUGAAGCCUGAGAAGAUCUCUAGUCUUGUAAAGUCUGUGCACAUGCUGGCAGAUAUGGAAGAACCAAUUGGCCAUAUUUUGAAGAGAAUUGAGCUAGUAGAUGACCUCGUCUUGGAGAAAAUAUUGUGUCCUCUUGGUGUCCUCCUGGUAAUAUUCGAGUCUCAACCUGAUGCUCUUGUUCAGUGUGUUUGCUUCAUAUUUAUAGCAACAAUUAUUAGCAUGUUUGUCAACUAGAGAGUGGGUUUGGUGGCAUUGGCUAGGAUGCUCUGCCAAUUCAUAGGUGGUCUCAUUCAAGCCAAGUAUGCCAAAGGAUUUUUAGGCAACUACUCUGCUAUAGCAUCAUUCAGACCUUGUCGCUUUUGCAUCUGAUUCGACAACCAACAUAAGGACUAUAGCAUCAUUUUGUCACUGUUCUUGACAAUUUUAGUUUUCUUGAAAUUGAAUAUUGACUUCUGAUAUGCAUGUAAUGUAUAUAAAUUAUGAUAUGCAUGUAAUGUAUAUAGAUAAGACACUAAUGUUUUAUGGUUUAGGAAUGGUUUGAAUUGAAGGGGUGGUUGCAUGAAAUUUAAGAAAGAGUAUUGCAAAGCAUCUUAAUUUGAUGAUUUAAUAUAAUUUUGA